AUGUUGAGCUCGCUGGACGCGCUGGCUGGUAAGAUAGCCACCGCCACGCCCGGCACCGGUGCUGUGACGGCGGACAGCAAGAGCAGCCAGUCGCUUCUUCAUCAUCAUCAUCACCAUCACCAUCAUCACCAGCAUCGCAUCGACUAUGAGUAUUCGGCGGUGGAGAUUGAGCCGCCGGCCGAGCAGUUGGCCAAUUCGCCGCGGAGCGAAAGAGAGCGACUGCAGCAGGCGCAACAGGCCUAUGAGGUUCAGGCCCAGGCCGAGCUGGACUUUGGCCUCGCCGAGGUGGAUCCCAAUGCCUGCCACAAGCUCACCCAGCUAAAGGUCCAGUUACAUCAUCAUCCCUAUCAGCGACCAAGGACCUCCUCAUCCCCGCCACCGCAACAGCAGCAGCAGCAGCAACAAUCGUCCUACCAGCAACAGCUCUCCCAGCUGGCCGCUCUGCAGGAUCACCACGAGCUGCUGCAAUCACAGCAGGAACUCUUUCACAAGCAAUUGGCCAAUAUGCAGGAGUUUCAGCGUGAACGGGAGCGUGAACGGGAACGGGAGCGGGAACGUGAACGGGAAAGGGAGCGAGAAAGGGACCGGGACAGGGAGCAGCGUAACAACUUUAUUGAGACCAGCGAUUACGAGGACUUUAAAAUUCGUCUCAGGAUAG